AUGCACUCAAAUGCUUAUGAAUAUUCGAUAGCUUUCUGGCUUCGUUUAAAAAUACAGAAACCCGAGAAAGUUAAUAGUGUUAUAGCUGUCUUACAGCUAACAUCUUCGAUCUCUGCACUAUCAUCAGACAGCUACACAUGCGUCAUGAGUAUACAUGUUUAUCCGGAUAAUCAGACUUUGGGAUAUUUUUUCCCGGGCAUCUUCGAAUUACUCAAUGUUAGUGGUUCAUUCAUAGAAAAUAACACUUGGGUUCAUAUUGGUGUAGCAUUCGAAAGUCCGCAAAUAUAUUAUUUUUAUCAAAAUGGCAAACUCAUUGCUAAUGACACUAAUCGACGUUUCUCAUCGAUCAUCUCUGAUGAUCCACGAUUUUCUGUGACCGUAGGAGGCGCAUACUUGGAUGAUUCUGAUCCGAACAAACCUGACAAUUUUGAACAGAUGAAAUGUUUUGCUAGAAUUCCAUCUUUUAAUUAUACGAAGAUGUAUGGAGAAAUUGAUGAUUUAACGUUUUACUCAAGAAUCCUAAAUUCAUCUGAAUUUUCAGCUUUGGCUUCAUCUCAUAUUACAGACAGUUCGGUUUAA